GGUGAGUCAUCCUAACUGCUUGGGCACAAAUGUGCUUCUCCAUGGAGUGCUCACAUUGCAAUUCUCCGCGUAAGUGAGACCAUGGCGCAGAUUGAUCCAAGAGAUGUCGGCACACCGGACGAGUGGGUACCUCGACACCCGGAGCUGAUCCGGCUCACGGGACGACACCCGUUCAACAGCGAACCCCCGCUCAAAUACACGAGCACCUUCAUCACACCCAUGGCCUUGCACUACGUUCGCAACCACGGUCCUGUGCCGCGACUCGAUUGGAACACGCACACGUUCUCAAUCGACGGACUGGUGAACAAGCCGCGCACAUUCGGUAUGGACGAACUGGUUACCACCUUCGUAAAGGAGACCGUGACGUUUCCGGUGCUGCUGGUAUGCGCCGGUAAUCGCCGCAAGGAACAAAAUAUGAUCAAGAAGACCAUCGGCUUCAGUUGGGGCGCUGCCGGGUGCUCUACGGCCGAGUGGACCGGUGUCCCGCUUCACGUACUGCUGACUGCUUGUGGCGUCGACCGCGAGAAGGCACAGUGGGUAUGGUUUGAGGGCAUCGAAGACUUACCGCACGACAAAUACGGCACGUGCAUUCGCGCCAGUACAGCACUGGACCCGGCGUGCGACGUGCUGGUGGCGUGGAAAGCCAACGGCGAGCUGCUCACCCCCGAUCACGGUUUUCCAAUACGCCUCAUUAUCCCGGGUCACAUCGGCGGUCGCAUGGUCAAGUGGCUCGCACGGAUCCAUGUGAGCGACCAAGAGUCCACCAACCACCACCACAUUAUGGACAACCGAGUGCUGCCGUCGCACGUCACUGCUGAGACUGCAACGGCGGAAGGUUGGUGGUCAAAGUCGCCGUACGCGAUCAUGGAGCUCAAUGUCAACGCCGCGAUCAUAAAACCAAACCAUGACGACUUGUUGGCUCUCAGUGAAGACGACACGGUUAAUGACAUUGAAACGUACACGAUUAAGGGGUACGCGUAUUCAGGUGGGGGUCGACGAGUGAUUCGAGUAGAGGUGACGCUGGACGAUGGCGCAACGUGGCAACUCGCUCACAUCAUUUACCACGAGAGGCCAAGCAAGUACGGCAAAAUGUGGUGCUGGGUGCACUACGAGUUGGCCGUGCAAGUUAGCAGUCUGCUUCGAGCCCGAGAGGUGUGUGCUCGAGCUUGGGACAGCUCGAUGAACCUCAUGCCAGAGUUCCCUACUUGGAACGUCAUGGGCAUGAUGAAUAACCCUUGGUAUCGCGUCAAGAUCCACCACGAACAGGGCACGAACACGCUGCGGUUCGAGCACCCUACUCAAGCAGGAAACCAGAAAGGUGGUUGGAUGACCAAAGAACGGAUCAUGACAAACGACAACGAACCAAUUCGCGGCAAGAAGCUCCAGGUUGAACUGAUUGAUACGAGCAGUGAUGCAACACCAAAACCUGGUUUGACAGCAGAUGAGUUCAGCGAGCUGCCUCUGAUCUCUGCAGAUGAAGUAGCUAAGCACAACACCAACGAGAGCUGCUGGUUCAUUUGUCGUGGUCUGGUAUACGACGCGACGCCGUUUCUCGAUGAACACCCAGGUGGAGCCACCAGUAUUCUGCUGUGUGGCGGCACUGACUGUACGGAUGAGUUUGAGAGCAUUCACUCUACCAAAGCUUGGCUGAUGCUGAAGAAAUACUGCAUCGGCCGUUGUCCAAGCACGGACGACGACACUGGGACCAGCGAUACAGCGUCGUCCUCAGCAGACCAGGAAGAGACGGAUGUGGCGCUCAAAGGUGCUACAAAGGUGCCUAUCGUACUGAUCUCGAGAGAGGUGGUCAGCCACGACGCACGCAUCUUCAAAUUUGCUCUUCCUGCCAAGGAUCUGAGACUCGGACUUCCCGUAGGCAACCACGUUUUCCUGUACGCAAAUAUCAACGGGAAGACCAUCGUGCGUGCGUACACACCAAUUUCUUCCGAGAGCGACGAAGACCGAGGAUUCGUGUCUUUCCUUAUCAAAGUCUACUUUGCAGGGGACAACCCUGUACACCCAGAAGGAGGGCUCUUCUCGCAGUAUCUUGAUGGCUUGCACCUUGGUCAACAGAUUCAGAUCAAGGGACCAUUGGGCCACUUCACCUAUCAUGGGGAAGGCAGUUUCUCUCUCGAAUCUACCAAUUUCCACGUCAACAAGUUCGGAUUCAUCGCCGGCGGAACAGGCAUCACGCCCGUCUACCAGGUCAUGCGCGCCAUUCUUGAAAACGCAAAGGAUCAGACCAAGGUUGCAUUGAUCUAUUGCGUACGAUCGGAGCGUGACUUGCUGCUCCGAAAGGAGCUUGAAACCCUACAAAAGCUGCGACCGAGUCAAUGUCGGAUCUUCUACACGCUGUCCGACCUGGAACAGCUCGACAAGAACGAUCCUAUUGUUCGAGGGUGGGCAUACGGCAAAAGUCGACUCAACUUCGCCAUGGUGAAGAACAUCAUCGGCUCGGAUGCUGAUCACGUGGGCAUGUGUGGACCCGAAGGUAUGAUUGAGUACGCCUGUAAGCCGGCGCUGCUCAAGCUGAACUACGAUCUCAAGACGCAGACCACCGCAUUUUAAAUGCCAUACUCCUUUGUUUAACUAAAAUAAAAAAAUGAGUUCUAAAUGGGGAUAGCAUUAAGGUCACUCAUCCGUCAGCGCCGUCUUCACCUAC